AUGGAAAGACCUAUGAAUAAUUAAUAAAAUUGAAUUAGCAAGAAAUAUACAGAAAGAAAUAACGCAUUAUUUGAAGUGACCACCAAUUUUCAAGAUCUUUUGUUUGGCUUUCUUGCCUUAUCAUCGUUUUAUAAUCAAUUUCGAUUAAACGAUUUUUUUUACGUUAACAGCUGUGACGACACUUCACUAACCAUAUCAUGAGAUGUAAACAAUAAUAUUUACAGUCGGCAUUGUAGAACACGCGGUACUUUGCAGUAGAAACUAUGUCCAACUUUGAUUUGCUAAGCGAACAAGGACUCCGUUUGGAUGGUCGUCGUCCACAUGAAUUGCGCAGAAUUAAAUGUAAAUUGGGAGUGUUUGAGCAGCCCGAUGGAAGUGCUUAUUUGGAACAAGGUAACACAAAGGUGUUGGCCGCUGUUUAUGGACCACACCAGGCUCAAAACAAGAAAAUGGACAUAAAUGAAGUGGUCAUUAAUUGUCAGUACAGCAUGGCAACAUUUUCAACGGCUGAAAGGAAAAAGAGACCACGAGGAGACAGAAAAUCGCAAGAAAUCACACUGUACUUAAGACAAGCCCUACGGGCGGCUAUAAAAACAGAAUUAUAUCCAAGGUCACAAAUUGACGUUUAUGUUGAGGUGAUGCAGGCUGAUGGUGCUAAUUACGCUGUCGCCUUAAAUGCAGCAACGUUAGCAUUGGUGGAUGCUGGAAUUUGCCUUAAGGAAUAUGUGGUUGCGUGUACCGCAUCGUUGAGCAAGAACAACAUUCCAUUGACCGAUGUGUCCAACCAUGAGGAGAUUUCGGGAGGUCCCACCCUUACUGUUGCCUCACUUCCAACAUCCAAUAAAAUUGCUUUCAUGGAAAUGACGCAACGCUUCCAUUUAGACAAUUUGCCCAAGGUAAUUGAACAGGCUUUGGCGGGUUGUCGUGAGAUUCAAGCUAUUAUGGAAACUGCUGUACGCAAACACUUGAUGCAGAUGGGAUCUGCUGGAGAUUGGAGUAAUAUUGCAAAAUAAAAUUUCAGUUUAACAUUUAUAACAA